AAAAGCAUUGGCUAUCUGGGAUCCUUGGCGAUUGCCGUCAACAGUCUCGCCGGUCCGGCUGUCCUCCAGCUUCCUUUUCAGUACCAACGCUCAGGGUUAAUCCCUACAACGAUCUGUCUCGUUUUCGUAUCGAUUCUAUCCUACUUUGUAAGCCUCCAUAUGGCAAACGUGGUUUCCCAGGUUCCAGGAAAUCACAAGUUUAAGCACUGCAUCGAAUUUUCCGAUCCAUUUUCUAUCUUUUGGGGUCCCCGCGCUUUCCAAAUUACGCAAGUACUUUUCUUUCUGUGCACGACCUGUCUCAACGUUGCCGCUAUUGUUGAUACGGCUGAAGUCGUUGAUUCCUUUCUGGGAUUGCGGUUCGAGUCCGUCGGCUUCAAUGCACAGACAUUGACUUUGCAAACAUGGUCGCAUGGACCAUGUUCCCGGAAAGAGGUUAAGCUAGGAUUAUGUGACCCUUUCGGAGAUGCCGAUGUGUACGGUGACUACCUCUUGACUCUUGGUUACCUACUGACGGCACUGGUCUUCGUCCCGGUCUGUCUAAUGGAUUUGAAAGAAAACACAUCCUGGCAAAUCUUUGGGUUUGCAGUUUUGACAGCAACGUCCAUUUACUUUUGUGCCACUUUUUCCACCUACGAGUUGUCUCUCAAACACGUUUCGUUGUGGGGAUCUUCCUGGAAAGGCAUGCUGGGAGUCAUUCUGUUCAAUUUCGCACUCGUCCUGGCCAUUCCAGCCUGGUUGCACGAGAAAAAGGAGACCGUUAAUGUCAACCAGGUUAUUCAACAUUCCACUGCCAUGUCAACGGGCUUGUAUAUUUGCGUCGGCAUUCUGGGAGCCUUUGCGAUUCCGAAGGUGAACGUGAAUAUGCUUAGUCCGAUGGUUUCAGGCGCUUUCGGUUCCGGCAUUCAAAUCGCCGGCUCGGUUUUUGCGUUCUUCAUUAUCGGCCUCGAUAUACCACUAUUUUCCGUUCUGACUCGGUACAAUUUGACACAUUCGGGAAUGUGUAGCGAACGAACGGCAAACAUCUUUGUGGUGUGGUUGCCCUGGUUGACCUCAUGGUUGUGGUAUCAAGGUGACGCUAUCGGGAGUUUAUUGAGCUGGGGCGGCGUGCUAUUAACAUCGGCCGUGGCGUUUCUGCUACCUCUGUAUUUGGCGUUGCGU